GCCUUUGCCCAGCUCCCCCAUCCUCAGUACCCCUUCCUCCAUCACCCCCUGCGCAGCUAUAACCCCCUCACCACCUAAAACCCUCCUAGUGGCCCCAUUAUUGCCUGCCACCCCAUCACUCCCUGCUGCCCCAACACCCUUAUCACGCCCUGGCCUAUUACCCCAGUAUCCAGCAUGUCCUGUCAUAAGCUUUUAGCUACCAUCAUCGCUCUCGCCAUUCCCCCAGCCUUCAUGGCCCAUCAGCCACACAUCACCAGCAGCUCUCGGUGACAAGAUUUGGAGAGUUUUGGCAAGUGCUGCUGGGUCCCAGGGAUGAUACUGGGCGUGCUGCUGUGACAUAGCCUCAGGAUGUGUGGCUGAUGGACCAUGAAGGUUGGGGGAAUGGUAAGAGUGCUAUGAGGGCUAUUGCCUCAACAGCCCUGAGCCCCAGAAUCCUGUUGCCCCAUUCAUAACAUCCUCAACAAUCUCCUUAACACCAUCCCUGUCAUUAAUAACAUUCACAUUCCUGGUCUCACCAGCCCCUCUUUCUUAUGUUCCCAGACCUGCUCAACAUCUCCAAACUUUAUUCCUACCGUAAUCUAAUUCCUAGUUUAUUUAUGCACUUCUUUCCCUUUUAUUAUCCCCUCUUAACACAGUAUAACCUGCACGCUAAUUCUCUUAACUCCCAAACUCCACCAUCUCAUAGCCCGUUCCUAAUCUCCAGUUUGAAUUCCCCAAUUGUUGCAUUAAACUUCUAAAUUUUAUGCCCCUUCAAUGUUGGCAGUUUUGUCCUUGUUCGUCAAAGGCUUGUUCUUACUAGAACAAAUGCAUUAUCAAGCACUGUCAUGUUAACCACAGCCAGCUGCUAAAAUAAUCAACUGUAGGAUUACCUAUAUACAAUUGACAAUGUAAAACACAUCAUGGUCUUCCUGUGCUUGAAAGGUCUGUCUAGAAUAGAUGAUGAAAGAAGAUGAUUUUGAAAUUGAGCUGGACAUCUCUGUUAAUGACUCUCUCCUGGUAUUACCGCUGUUUGCCCUCUCGUGCACACAGACGUGACAGAGAGACAGGACAUGAAGUCCCUGGAAUAGUUGUAGGCGAUGGAGGCUGGUUAUUGGAUUAGGCACAAAACUGAGAUCCAGACUACACAUUACAAGUUUUAUGGCAUUUGAUUCAGAGUUGGAGAUGUUAAUUUGGGUUAUGUCAUAUUCCCAUUUAGGUAACUACAUUCUGCUUUCUCAUCAACUGCGUGCAUUAUUCUUCACUGUCUUUCUAAAUAGUCACAAAAUGUUUAAGAGAUGGGUGAAAAAUAUUGAGGAGGGGAGUGGACACUGUAAAUGUGUUUUAUAGAGAUAGGAAAGAUUUAUUUACUUUGAUAAUAGCACUCGCAGGUUCCAGUCUAGAUCAGGGCUCCACUGCAGUCAGGGCUCCACUGCAGUCAAUGCUGUACAAACAUAAGAUGACAUGAUCCCUGGUCCAAAAUGCUUACAAGACUGCUUUAUAGCAAUAGAAAGGAUGCUGUAUAAACAUAAGAUUGAAUUAUUAGAGAAGCCGUGUAACCUUGUGGAUACAGCACUAGACAGGUUCAGGAGACCUGGGUUCUAUUCCAAACUUUGCUGUUGAGAGACCUUAGGCAAGUCACUUCUUCUUUUUCUGCUGCAGCUUUCCAUUGGGAUAAUGAAAUUGACCUCCUUUGAGAUCCAUGUAUUGUUAUAUGGUAAAUUAUGAAAGUUACCGAUAAGAAUUUGAUGGCGGUGUUGAAUAAAAGUUACAUUCUCCGUAACAGUUAGUGUUUUUGGAAAGUAACUGUCUCUUUUUUUUCGUUGCUACCAGAUAUCUGAUAAUUCACAGGUAAAAUACCAAAGUUUUAAACAUACAUGCUAAGUACUAAGUUGUUUCCAGUUGCACUUCCCACAAGUUUCCUCCUGAGCCCAUCAUCAGAGCUGCUAUCUUGGCUAAUGCAACACUGUUGACCUUUGGAAAUUGCAACACAAUGAUGCUCAGCGACAGGACUGAGCAUGCUGGCCCUCCCAUUGUUGCUGAUCUGGAUAUCGAGAUUUGAGUUACACAGCGUGGGCUUAGAUACUACAGUGAGAUGCUGUAGAAAAUCGUAAGAUGUUAUUAGCCCCUAUUGUGGUAAUUGUAUAAAACACCAGGUUGCCCUGGAUAUAACUUUUUAAAAAUCCAAUAAAAAAAUCUAAUAAAUCUAAGAUUUAAAAUAAUGUAUUGAUACAAUGUAGAAUGUCUCAUAAAAACUAUUGUUGCAAGGGACUAGAUACCUCAGGGAACUGGUCAUGGAAUACAGAAGACUUUCUCCAUUAGGUUGCUGGUUCUUAAUCAGUCCAAGUUGUUAGUGGCCCAAGGUUGUUAGCAUUUGAAGGUGGUGUGGUCGUUUUAGGUUUCAUACCAUUUCCUACUGGGUAUUUUGCCCAUAUCACAAAAACUACUAUAUCACUUAAUUUCCAAAGGGGCCAAAUAAUAUUAUCUUAGCAGAGAAGUCACCAACUGCACAGAGAUUGGAGACUGAAUGCUCCUUUUGCUUUUAUAAGGUCUUCUUUAUGCAGGGAAGUUCUUCUGAAAGAAGAUAGGAUGUGAAUUUAAAGCAUUGUAGCUUUUCUGCAGUAGUUGUUCAUGUGGGCUCUCUGUUCUGGAUUUCAAAAUGCUUUGCAUUUUCCUUUGCACCUAUAGAGAGAGAAUAAUCUGCCAAUUCACUUGACCAUUAAACUUUGUUCUCCUCAUUUUUGUCCACAGAAUUGGACUUUUGACCCAUUAUGCACAUUAUCCUACAAUAACGUCCCCCAAACUGUAGUUUGACAUUCACCCAUUUUUAUGUAUAAGUAUGAGUAUGUUUUGGGGGGAAAUAUAGUUUGAAAUGUUCUUUUUAUCUAAGAUUUGUAACAAAGAAGAAAACUCCUUGCCUGUUCCAAAAAGCUCCUUGUGUGCCAAUUAAAGUGAAAUUCAUGUCUGAGGAGCAGUCUUCAGGGCACUAUGGAGAGCCUGGGCCUGCAGGCAGUGACCCUUACUGACGGGACAACAGCCUACAUUCAGCAGGCCAUCAAAGGAGAGAAGCUGCUUGAAGGGCAAGUGAUUGAGCUUGAGGAUGGGACGACUGCUUACAUCCAUCAAGUGACAGUUCAGAAAGAGUCUGUAGCUUUUGAAGAUGGGCAGCAAGUGGUGUUGGAAGAUGGCAGCAUGGCUUUUAUACACAACACACCUAAAGAGGGUUAUGAUGCCAAUGCCCUGGAGGAGGUCCAGCUGGAAGACGGCUCCACUGCCUACAUACAUCGUCCUGUUGUCGUGCCAGCUGGCAGCACCAUCCUGGCCGUACAGGCAGAAACAGGGCUGGAGGAAUUGGCUGGGGAGGAGGAAGAUGACACCUUUGAUGCUGAUACCAUUAAUGCUCUCAAGCAAUAUGCCAGCAAGGUCUCUGAGGAGGAAGAGAGAGUGAAUAGCAGCUGCCACUUGAAGAAUGAGAUUUCAAACAAUGCCCCCUCCCAGGCUCUGCGGGACGAAGAGAUGCACAGCAACGGGAAGGGGCAGCAGGUUGGUGACAGAGCCUUCCGCUGUGGUUACAAAGGUUGUGGACGCCUUUACACUACAGCCCACCAUCUAAAGGUGCAUGAGCGAGCUCACACAGGCGACCGGCCGUACAGAUGUGACUUCCCAAGCUGUGGGAAAGCAUUCGCUACAGGAUACGGGCUGAAGAGCCAUGUGCGAACGCACACCGGUGAGAAGCCGUACAAGUGCCCGGAGGACAUGUGCAGCAAAGCCUUCAAAACCUCUGGGGACUUGCAGAAACACAUCCGCACACACACAGGUGAGCGUCCCUUCAAAUGCCCCUUUGAGGGCUGUGGCCGCUCUUUUACCACCUCCAACAUCCGUAAGGUCCACAUCCGGACACACACGGGGGAGCGGCCGUACAUGUGCCCCGAGCCCAACUGUGGGAGAGGAUUCACGAGCGCCACCAACUACAAGAACCACAUGAGAAUUCACACAGGCGAGAAGCCGUACAUGUGCACUGUGCCGGGUUGCGGGAAGCGCUUCACUGAGUACUCCAGUCUGUACAAGCACCAUGUGGUUCACACACACUGCAAGCCCUACACGUGCAACAACUGCGGGAAGACCUACCGCCAGACCUCCACGCUGGCCAUGCACAAGCGCAGUGCCCACGGAGAGCUGGAGGCCACGGAGGAGAGCGAGCAGGCCCUCUACGAACAGCAGCAGCUAGAAGCUGCUGCCGCCGCCGAAAGGAGCCCCCCACCAAAGCGCCAGCAGAUUGCUUUCCUUUCAGAGGAGGAGGAAGAGGAGGAGGAUGGUAUACCGACCCAGGUUUCGCUUAUCUCUCAGGACGGAACACAGCAGGUCAGUCUGUCCCACGAGGACUUACAGGCCCUGGGCAGUGCCAUCAGCAUGGUGACACAGAGUGGCACCAUCGCGAUGCCACAGGAGAACCUUGCGGCUUCCGGCACGCACACGGUCACGAUGGUCAGUGCGGACGGGACUGAGACGCAGCCGGUUACUAUCGUCACUGCGGGGGCAGUGAUGUCGGAAGGGUCAGCCAUCGCGUCCCUCCAUCACCAGCAAGUGGCAUUGCUAGCCACCGCCAGCGGCACUCACAUUGCAGUGCAGCUGGAAGAGCAGCAAAGCCUGGAAGAAGCCAUCAGCAUGGCGACAGCAGCAAUCCAACAGGAGUCUGUAACGCUCAGUGCAGCUGUGUCUGAGAACGGGUGCUGAGGCAUCGGACAGUCCAUGGGCAGGGAGCCUUGAGUGGGGCAUGGAUGGCAAACCAAUGGACCCCUGUGUUCGGCUGGGGGUUUCAGGAUCUGAAACAGCCGUGCCAGCUGCUGCAUGGAAGACAAAUGAAUGCGUGGUACCGAAUGCAGAAGGGGGGGGCCGUGAUAACUUACGUGCAUCCGUCUUGCACCAGGCAGGCAGUGAGAGCAGAUAGGGGACCCUCUUUGAACAGGUCUCCUAUAUCUUAAGUGACAUCUUUCUAAGAAACCUGGCAGCUGGCUUUUGGCUGGAGGCUUCAGAGCUUUCCUGGAUCCUGGGCAGUCACUCUGCUGCCAUCUGGGACUAUCCUGCUCAUUUUCCGUGGACGCUAAUGUCCCUGGCUCUGGAGAAGACAUGGAAGCUCUUGUGCUCCUUUGUGGCCAAGAGUUGGAAUUCCAAGGCAAGAUGAGCUGCAACAGCCUACGUGGCGCCCGGGGGCAUCAGCAAUCAUUCCAGGGAGGCAGGGUCUGCGCGCUCCCACUAGGUGCUCGAGGAAGGAACCCAGAAGGUCUGACAAACACAAGUGUCGUGUAAGCAGCAUCUGCACAGAAGCAAUAAAGCCCCCUCACAGCAACCUCAGGCAGUCCUGGUCUCGGUGUUCUCAACGACGAUAACUCCUUGACGCUGGAAGUCGGAGCUUAUCUCCGGCCCACGCUGUGGGCCUGCCACGGGCAGGAUCUGCCUUAACCUGGACACAACGGCACUUCUCCCUCCACCCUCCCCAUCCCCCUUCCACGCAACAGCCAAGCUCAUUUCCAGAUUCCGCUGCUGUGGGGCCGGGUGUAGGACUCCACGUGGGCAGGCCAGCACUUCUCGGGGGCGCAAGCUAGUUAGAUGUAAAUAGUGAGUUUAAAUAAAACUAAUUAAAGUUUUUUUUAAUUUCC